AUGAAAAAGAAGCAGGCAAUGAAAUUGAAGUGUUCUAACAAUGGGAUGUACAAAGUGAAUCCAGUAUUCGCCAUGAUUGAAGCGGGCAAGACUAUCGACAUUGUUAUAAGUCGAACAGGCGGUCCAGUGAAACCCGAGAAAAUUCUUGUUCUCACGCUACCAUUUGACGGAACAGAUCCACAAAAAGCUUACGCGGACAAGGACAAUGUUCAUCCUGCGAUCUUAACUGUUCCUUUGGUGGCCAAGGGUUGA